UGCAGAAGGAAGGGAUCAUGGGGCUGGUAAUGAGGGAUCUGAUAAUGAUGAGAAGAAUUCGGGGGAUAAUGGUAGUGAAGGACAGGAGAGUCGUAUCGUAGUACGAAAUACAUAUGGGAGAGCCAAGCGUAGCUGCUCUGUUGGUGAUUAUGGUAAGGUACCAGCCACGGAGGCAGAAAAGCAGACCGUCCAUUUCCUGAAUGGCGCAAAUAUUAGAGAUAAAAGGAAGAAAAAUACUUUACGUUAUAUUAUGAAAGUGAAAUGGAAUGAAGAUACACAUGAAAAAAAAAGGAAAGGAACGUGAAGCCUUCUUUGACUCAUGCCUCAAAAAAUUCAAGGACUAUUAUGUCUAUCAAAAGGGACUGAAGCCAGGAGAGGGGGAUAGAGCUGCUAAAGAGUUCAUGAGCAAGAAAUUGAAGAGUAUCCCUUAUGAGGAAAAGAGUCGGGCUGAUUUAUCAGCUGAAAACGCAAGGAAAAGGGGACUGAAAUCAGCUACUCGGCGUGAUUUCAAGCCUCAUUACUUCAACAAACGCACCUUGGAUAAACUGUGUAAUUAUUGGGAGAGCGAAGAGUUUCAAAUUAAGUCAAAAAAUGGAAAAGAAGCCCGAAAGAAGAUGCAACACAUCCAUCACAGCGGGGCCAAGUCUUUUGACGAGAGACGUGAGGAGCUCGAAGAAAAAAACAAUAGGAAAAUUUCUGAGUUGGAGUUCAUAUCCCAUGUGUACUGCCUUGACGAUCCGAAAACUCAGAAAUUGAAGGAAGAUAUUGAAAAGGCAUUGGCUUCACUACCCACAGAACCAGAGGAUGAGGAGAUGGCAGAUCCUCCACCAUCACCGAAUACACUCAAAAUGAAUCAGCGAAGGAAGGCAUUGAGCUUAAUAAUACAAGUGAGGCCUCCGAAAAAGGUAAAAGCUAUCCUUUUCCCUCGACAUUCAGUGACAGAGGUUCUCGGAGCCUAUGAGGCAGCCAAGUUUGCAAGCACCCAGCCCAAACAGAAUUCUACUCCAUCACAGCUGUCUAAUGAUUCAGUGGAUCUUGUCGUGGGGGUUUCAGCAGAGGUGCAUCGAAUGGUUCGUUCUUUAGAGAUGAGUGAGGUCCCACGUAGCUUUUUAAAUGAGCAGAUGCAUCGCCUAGCUGAUGAGGCCUUUCCAGAUCAUGAUGAUCCGAUGCAGCAAGAAUUGUGGAGUCAGUAUAUGCGCUUGGCAACGGAUUUUGUUGUGGAUGCCCUCAAAAUGAACGAUAAGGUCAUUUUAGAGGGUACUAGUAUUGAAAAAGCUCCAAUGGAUCGCGACAUCUCAGGAAACCAUGAUGAUGAAGACAUAGACGAAGAUGCAGAUCAAUUUCCCUUGUAACUGAUGCAAGGUUUAUGAGUGACUAACUCAUCUUUUGAGGCUAACUUUUUGAAACUCACUUAGACUUUUAAGACUCAAAUGCUCAUGUGGAUGUAUGCAUAUAAUGUUGUAAGUUGUUAGCCUAAC